UCAUCAUCAUCAUCAUAUCUAGAGUUCAUUCUCUCAACUAGCUUUUAGGGGAAUAUAUUACAAAAGCACAAUUCCCUGGCCGGACUUGGACUAUAUAUAUAUUUUUCCAUUAAAGGUCUGUUUUUUGAUUAAUUUUGACACAAACCCAUCUCAGAUUAUCAUAAUUAAGUCCCUAACCAGUUUCUUAGGGACUAAAAGUCAAGCACACCGACCACCAUGGCCGGAAAAUUCACAAGUCUCGUGGUUCUGCUCUCUGUUUUUUCGACUCUGUUUCUGUCAUCCUCUGCUCAAAAUUGUAAGAGCUACAGCUUCUCAAGUAAUCAACAGUUCGAAACCUGCCUUGACCUUCCGGUUCUGGGCGCGUUCCUCCAUUGGACGUACGACUCGUCGACUGGGAAGCUCAACAUGGCUUACCGUCACACCGAGGUAACGAGUACCACGUGGGUCGCAUGGGCCAUCAACCCCAGCAACAGAUUGAGCGCAGCCAUGAUGGGAGCUCAAGCUCUUGUCGCCGUCCCACAAACGAGUGGUGCCCCGAGAGUAUUCCCCUCGCCACUCCAAGAUUAUACGACGACGACGUUGGCUGAGGGGAAUCUGUCUUACUCGGUUACGGACUUAUCGGCGACGUAUCAGAACAACGAGAUGGUUAUCUUUGGGACUUGGACUCUUCCAGCCAACACGAAUAGCAUCACCCACGUUUGGCAAGCGGGUCCAGUUUCGGGUACAACACUUGGAGCGCAUAGAACAAGUGGAGAUAAUGUUAUGUCUAAAUCGUCUUUGAAUCUGCUUUCCGGUCUGUCUCAAUCCGGAGGAGGCAGCUCUAUACUCAGAAAAAGAAACGUGCACGGAGUGCUAAACGCUGUAAGUUGGGGUAUAUUGAUGCCUAUGGGAGCUGUAAUAGCAAGGUACUUGAGGGUAUUCAAAUCAGCAGACCCUGCUUGGUUUUACCUCCACGUCACUUGCCAAACCUCUGCAUACGUCGUUGGAGUCUCCGGUUGGGCAACUGGUCUUAAACUCGGAAGCGACUCAGUUGGCAUCACACAAAACCCUCACAGAAGCAUUGGAAUCGCCCUUUUCUGCCUAGGAACCCUUCAGGUUUUCGCUUUGCUCCUGAGGCCCAAGAAGGACCACAAAUUCAGACUCUACUGGAAUAUCUAUCACCACACCGUUGGGUACGCAGUCAUCAUCCUCAGCAUCAUUAACAUAUACGAAGGUUUCGACAUCUUGCAGCCUGAAGAAGUGUGGAAGAAAGCUUACACUGGGAUUAUCAUUGGUUUGGGCGCUAUUGCCUUAAGCUUGGAAGCUUAUACGUGGUUUUACGUACUGAAGAUUAAGAAAUCAGAGAACAAAGCGCCCUACGGCUCUAAUGGAAAUGGGGUUAAUGGCUAUGGUUCACAUGUAUAGAGAGUUGGGUUUAGUUGCCUAAUGGAGGAUAUGGGUUCCUUGGUGCUUUCUAAAUCCUCCUCUCCUCUCCUCUCCUCUCUUCUCUCAUCUUUUUCUUCUUAUUUUUUUAUUGUAAUUUUUUUUACACCCUUAUGUAUAUUUAGUGAAUGAUUUAUGUACUUGAGGAGGGAGGUCUGGUCUGGACUCGGGGGAGUUCAGCUUCGGAGGUUAUUCUUUGGUAGAGUAGUUUUAGGACUUUCUUUACCUGCUUUUGAGAGGAGAGGAGUGUAUUUUUUUCCACCUUUAUCGUGCUAUUUGAGAGGGUACAUAUAUGUCACUAUAUAUUUAUACUUCCUUUCCUUUUAUUUGUAAUUUUCAUCUCUAUAAUAUAUGCUCUUUCAUCUC